GUACAAAUAAGACACCCCAGAGCUGCUGAUGAAUUCAACGAGAGCCAGCUACUGGAAAUAUACGUCAGGCUGUACUCACUUCUGAUGACCGCCAACCACACUCUCCACGAGCUGAUCACCGACCAGAAGUUGAAAGUCGACCGUCUGAACACGACGCUGGAUACACUCAAACUGGACAGCGUUUCGCCGAAGAGCGCGUUCUAUGAGCCCAUCGCUGAGGUUGUAAACACCUUUGCCCGGCUCACCAAACGAGGGAUGAACUUCUUAUCAACGAUGGUGGUGUUCGGUGAAGGCGGUGCUGACAUGGCGAUAAGGAACGGCAGCAUCGAGUGCGCAGACGACUCGCAGAACAUGACGCGCUGCCAGGCCAAAAUUCAAAUCACCAUCACCGAGCGCUAUUUAGUCAAGUUUAUGUUGGUCGAGAGGAUCAAGAGUUUCUUCCGGAAGUUCAAGCAGCGGUUGGUAUCAUGCGUGGAUCAUGCCAGAAACACAAUCUCCUCGUGGAUGUUCCAGUUGUCGAGUUUCUUAACCAACCACCCCAACAUCGUUUCUGAAGUAAAACGGUGGCUAUUUAAGGAACUAGUCCACGUGGCAAAAGUCUUAGUUCGCUCAGUAAAAAUCAAUCCGCCGGGGGAAGGGGCAAAUUCUACCCCAAACUCGCAUGAUGGGUUGAGUUACGUGGAAAAAAAAACAGAAGAGGUCCCUGCUGAUCCCGGACGCAACGAGACGGAAACGAGAGAAGCUACAGAGGUAAUGACAAACGCAGACAACAAUCUUUAUCUGGUUCAGUUGAAGACAGGCGUAAACAAACAAAGAGAGCUAAGUGUUAGUGACACAUCUCACUCGCCAUCACAAUCGUUGAGUGAGGAGAAGGUCAGUGACGGGAAACGGUCUUAUCUGGAAGUCGAGGCUGCGGCAGCAGAGGAAUCAGGAAUUGACGCACGCAAGGUCGAUACGCUGGAAGGGUCUGGCAGGAUUGAAUUACUUGCAGAGGAUGGUGUUGAAGAAAUGACUGAAGAUAAAGUCAAGUCAAAGGUGGCUGAGAACUCCGACCUAGUCGAUAGGACUGCACCAAGUUCAAAAAUGAACUUACCAGUUGAUGGCAAGUCGGGGGAUGUGAAUUCAAAACGAGAUGAAGAAUUGAGCCGAAAAAAGAUGCUAGCCUUCGGUUUCCCCGUUGAGAAGCACAGUUUAAAGGGAGGUGAGGCUAACAGACGAAACAUUUAUUUGGAGCGACUGGCGUCCCUUUGGAAGUCGAAAUCACGUAGCUGGUCUCACGUUAUAUGGUGGCUGGCGCUGCUUCCACACAGAACCCUUUCUUUCAUCAGACGUUUAGAAAUGGCCAAUCUCAGACUGAGAAUGGUAUUCUUCUCCAAGUUCAUGGAGGAGAACUUAGGAUUUGUUGGUAGGAAGGUAGUGCCGGCGCACCACAAACCAGACACUGCUACCCAGGCUCUCGGGAAGGCAAAGCAGAGAAAUGCAUUCAAGUUAAAGCCGGAACGAUAUCAAAGUGAGGGCAGUAUAGAUUCAGAGCCACGUUCGCAAAUACAGAGAAAAGAAGAAGAUCGCCAGAAGAGAAUGGCGAAAAUUAGCCAUUUCCCAGACGAAGAUCUUUUGCUGAAGAGAACAGAGAUGGCUGGCCAAAUUAAUACCGGUGACAAUGAGGCACGUGCAUUUCUAAAGAGCAAUGAAAGUGUCUACACUGGUCAUAAUCAAUUGCCUUCAGAAC